AUGUAUCUGGUAGAAGGAGUUGUAUCCGUAGACGAGGAUGAAAUUAUAAAAAUUUUGCCACAGGUAUUCGAUGGAUGGAGUCUACCUCAACCUAUGCAACUCGACAAGGGGUUGGAUAGCUGGUUCGAAUACGGACUCGAAGUCACCUUAGAGACAACAAAACGCAAGGCGAAGAAGGAUGACCACCCAACGAUUGUGAGAAUUUUAAAUGCCACUCACAGCGUGAAUGGGGAAAAGGAAUUUGAUCUUCACGUUGCCCUUUGGCUCGAAUCUGGAGUGCUUAAAAAACUCGCUCCUUGCCUGCUUGACGAUCAUAACAGAAAUUCGGGUGCCGCGAGAGAUUUCAAAGAUCUUCCAUGUGGUAAGAAGGAGGCGGGCAUAAAGAGUGCUGCUAUGCGGCUUGGGCAGCUACGUCGUUCCGCCAGAAUUCAAAAUCGCCGAUUGACGGAAAACGCAGAAAAGAGACGACUGACUCUCCGGGAUCUGAAUUCUCAGCAAGUACAUCAUGCAGGAAGCAAGCGACGCAAAAAUGCCGGGUAG